AUGGGGGCCGCCUUCUUAACAGACGCCUCAAGCCACCUCCGGCUUCCCACACCGCUGCCGGGAACGGGGAAUAGCGCCAAGUACCCUAUGCGGAUCGCCAAGUUCGACUACGCGGCUAUGACCUCAGAUUUGGACCACAAGCGCCAAAUACCCCUUCGGAUACGCAAGUCCCUCGAAGGUCCACUGAUGCCUAGUACGACUCUAGGACCGGAACAAAGUACUACGAUGACCGUUGAUAUGUACCAUUACACCGCACCGAAACGCCAAGACCGUCCGGAUAUUGCCAAGUACCAUGACACCCAUGUUCCAUCAAGUUCGACUACAACGACUACAACAUGUACCACUACCGUUGCCGACAACCCGUGUACCAUAAGAAGCAAGUUCGACUACCGUCGCAUGAACCACUACUUCCACUACGACCCAUGA